AUGUUUUUGGCAAAUGUAGACGUGUCGUCGGCAAACUGGAGUAGCUUUACCCAGUUGAGGUGGACAAGAGGCGGUGGCUUUCUCUGUUUGGUUCCAAAAGCUGGCGGUGGGAGCAUAGAGAGAGAGACUGGUGGCUUUGCAGUUGUGGUAUCGAUUGGCAAACCUUGUAUGCGGCCGUCAUUGAUGAUGCUUCUCGCCAGUGGCUCGGCGAUGAGGGCAAAUAGCGUCGGUGAUAUUGGAUCACCUUGCUUUGUGCCUCUGACGGUGUGGAAUGGUUCAGACUGCCAGUCUCCUACUCGUACACGGACUGAAGAGUCUGCUAGCAUGGACAUAACAGCGUUGACUAUCAGUGGUGGAGCACCCAUCUUGGUCAAGUUGUUUAUUGUUGUCAUUGUCAUGUCAGGUUUCUCAGCAGAACAGAAAGAGUCACUCCAAAAGGAGUUUGUUGCACUACAGUCGGUCAUGAGUGCAACACAACAAGCUAAGUUCGAUGAGCUACACGCUGUUAUUAACCGUCUCGUUGCCCAAGCCUCAGCACCUUCACCGGUUAUAGCACCAGCGCCUGUUCCUGGUAAGCGUCUCAAAUUAGGUGCUCCUCCUCCGUUCAACGGUGAUGCCUCUUCCAUGCGCCAAUGGAUCGCUGCCGUCGAAAACCAGUUCAACUAUUACAAAACGCCGAACGACGAGAGGAUCCCGUUCGCCAGAUCUUUCUUGACAGGCCCUGCCUCGUCUUGGUUCAUCUCAGUCGAGGCAUCCAUAAAUUCUUGGGAUGCGUUCAAGUCGGCUCUCAAGAACAGAUUCUCCCCAGUCAACGCCGCCGAUGUGGCGCGUGCCAAGCUAUGGAAAUUAUCUCAAGAUAAACUCAGCAUACAAGAGUACACUAGCACGUUUGACCCGGCCACGGUCGCCACCCUCGCUGUACCGGUGCCACCUGUCACUUGCGCCCAGGCUGGAUCUCGCCCUAUAUCGGUUACCUUACUUGACCACCCUAUUGUUCACACCACCACUUCACCCUCUGCACAUGUUACUCCUUAUAUCCCUCCACCCGUUUCACCUGUUGCACCAUCUAUACAUGUUACUCCUUCUAUCUCUCCACCCGCUUCACCUAUUGCACCAUCUAUUGUUUCUCCUGUUUCACCACCCAUUGUUUCAACUGUUAUUCCGCCUAUUGUCUUGUCUGUCACACCACCUGUUACCUCGCCUAUCAUCCCCUCGUCGCCACUCGCACCACCCGUUCCACCCCCCAUUCAUGUCGUCGUCCAAUCCGUCAUUCCCGAAUUGUCGGUCUCGGCCAUUCAACGCCUCUUUGUGGACGACGAUGUCGAUGAAUUCUUUAUCGUCAAACUGUAUCCCUCCCCUUCUUCCAACUCUGGCCUGGCCCACGUCGCCAGCGUCUCGUCGGCAAACCCUCGGUUCGCCAAACUCCUCGCCGACUACCAAGACGUUUUGGUAGACGCUUUACCAAACUACCUCGCUGACCACCGCUUGCACGACAUGGAGAUCGUCGAGGUGGAUGGUGCCAAGCCAGUCUAUCGCCGCAAUAAUCACCUCUCAUCGGAAGAGAAUAACGUCAUGUUCACCACUGUCGAGAAGGGUCUCGCAUCUGGUCGGAUCGCCCCGAGCAAGAGCCCGUACAACUCGGCUGUCCUCUUUGUUCGAAAGAAGGACGGCACUCUCCGUAUGUGCGUGGAUUUCCGCGCGCUAAACAAGCAGACGGUGGCCGACCGUUUCCCGUUACCAAGAAUCGACCAACUGAUCGAGAAGAUCGCAAAGGCCAAGAUCUUUUCAAAGAUCGACCUAAAGGACGGCUUCAAUCAGAUUCGUAUUAAGGAUGAGCAUACCCACAAAACAGCAUUUAGUACUCCGUCUGGUCACUACGAGUACACUGUCAUUCCUUUCGGGCUACGUAAUGCUCCGUCCGCCUUUGUUCGUGCCAUCAACGCGGCAUUCGCUGACAUUCUCGACACUUUUGUAAUUAUUUAUAUCGACGAUAUUCUUAUCUUCUCAGAGAAUGAAAACGACCACUACGAACACAUCAAGCAAGUUCUCGACCGACUACGUUCUAACAAAUUGUUCGCCAACAAAGCAAAGUCAUCGUUUCUAGUGAAGGAGGUAGAGUUCCUCGGUCACCUUAUCACUCCUGGGUACAUCCGUCCCCUUGCAGAUAAACUUGCCGCGGUCAAGGACUGGCCGACACCGUCUACCGUCACAGAACUACAAAGCUUCCUCGGGUUGUGUAAUUACUACCGUAAUUUUAUCGACCACUUUGCCGACCACGCGGCCCCGUUGUACGAUGCCACCACGAAAAAGACGUUAUCAUGGAGCGACUCGCUGUCAGCCGCGUUUGGCAAGAUCAAGUCGUUGCUUUGUGAGUGCACGUCCCUCUUCAUUCCAGAUAUGGACGGCCCGUUCACCGUCACCACUGAUGCGUCUGACUUUGGGAUCGGUGCUGUCCUCGAACAAGAUGGUAGACCUGUAGCGUUUGAAUCGCGCAAAAUGACUAAAGCAGAGAGAGACGCUGUUGGUACCGAUGACAAGGUUGGUCGUUGGGCCCGGUUCAUAGGUGAGUUUAGAUAUACAUUCAAGCAUAAGCCUGGUAAGCUCAAUGUUGUGGCGGAUGCUCUCUCGCGUCGCCCCGACUACAAAGAGGCGAUAUCAUCACCGAUAGUUGAUCCACACUUUAACGAUCGUAUCAAGAAAGGAUACAAAUCAGACUUAUUUUAUUCAGAUAUUAUUAAUGGCAAAAGCCGUCUCCAUUUUCAUGUUUCUACAAACAAAUUAGUUUAUUUCACAGAUCUCCCACCAGCAAGAGGCACCGGCCAUAAUGCAUUACUGACAAUUGUUGACAAGUUCUCUAAAUUCGUAGUCUACAUCCCUACUUUCGUCAACGCAACGGCAGAAGAUACCGCCGUAUUAUUCUACGACCAAUUCUAUCUUCGCUAUGGUCUGCCUUUGAAUAUAGUAUCUGACAGGGAUGCUAAAUUUACUUCCAACUUUUGGGAAGCUCUAUUUAAACUACUUGGUUCCAAACUAUCAUUCUCGUCCUCCUUUCACCCUCAAACUGACGGGCAGUCAGAGAGGAUGAAUCGGGUGACGAAUGAAAUGAUGAGAUCACACGUCAACUACAAGAUGGACAAUUGGGUAGAAUUGUUACCUACUCUUGCUUUUACAUACAAUACCACCAUCCACUCCUCUUCCAACCAUUCCCCUGCCCACCUCAUUCAUGGUUUUGAGCUUAUUAACCCCCUUCGCUUACUUUCUUCUAGUGACAUCGACUCUGACACACCAGCCGUCAACGACUUUAUCGAUAACCGUAUCAUGUCUUGGAGACAUGCCACUCAAUGUCUCGCCGAAGCCCAAUCCAGCCAAAAGGAAUACCAUGACCGUGGUAAAGUUCAAGAGUCUCUCAACGUCGGUGAUAUGGUUCUACUAAACAGAAAGAAUAUCACUCUUGCCGCCGACUCGCGUCGACACAGUUGGAAAUGGUACAACAAGUGGAUAGGUCCAUUCAAGAUUAUCAGUGUCAUAACCAACCACAACGAUGAGAAGUCAGCGUACAAGCUCGAGUUGCCCGAUACUAUGGCCAUCCACCCUGUUUUCCAUUCCUCUUUGUUGAAACCGUUCCACCACUCAUCCCGUUUCAGCGACACCACGUAUCAAGUAUCCAUCCCUACCUCUGGUCUCAUCGAGGAACAUCUCAUAGAGGCCAUUGUCGAUUUCAGGUUGCAUUACAACAAACCACAAUAUCUCGUAAAGUGGACCGGUCUCGACAACUACAACAACCGCUGGUCUACUAGAGAUCAAAUACCGACACACAUACUCGACGAGUUUGAACAGCUAAACCCUGAGCAUGCGAUGCACAACAGCACCAACAAGAAGAGUCCAACCGACGACUCUACAACCGACAUACUUUCAAACGACACCACUUUAAACCUUUACUCUACACCGAAUGGUCACGUCGACUCUUCCGACUCCAACGUCACGGUUAACCUUGUUCCCUCUGUAUUCAAUACUACACAAUCUCCAGUCAUCACCGAGGCUCCAGACGCCACACCCAACCCCGUUCUUUCCAAACCAUUGCCACCAUCCAUCCUGCUCCGGAGAAUUCUCCAAAAACCAGUCUCUCCUUCCGCCACUGCUAAACCACCUUCUCCUGCCCCAUCCAUCACGGCCAAGGCUCACUCUCCCUCGCUAGCCAAUACUCCAGCUUCGGGGAAGGACUUUAAAUUAUCUUGUUUAUCAUCAUUGUCAUUAUUAGCAGUAGAUAUUAUAUACACCAUACACAAUAUUACAGGCCCCCUCUAUUUGCUAUCAAGUACUGCUUGA